AUGGAUGAACAUGACAGUUUGUUUAUAAACGAUAGUUCUCAUAUAUUUAAUGUUUGCGAAGUUUUAAAUAUAUUUCGUGAAAGUGGAGAACUUUGCGAUGUCGUACUUUACACCGACGAAGGUAUGAAGUUGCCAGCACACAAAGUCGUACUGAGCGCUUGCUCACCAUAUUUUAGAGCCAUGUUUACUACAAAUUUUAUAGAAGCCAGAGAACCGGUUAUAUAUUUAAAGCAUACUGAUGGUUAUGCUUUAAGAGAUAUGAUUGAUUAUUUCUAUUCAGGCAAAUUGACUGUUAAUUGUUACAAUGUUGAAGAAAUAAUCAAGCUGGCAAAUGUUUUGCAGUUAAAAGAUUUAAUUGAGAAAUGUGAAGUGUAUUUGCGACGGAAUAUGUCACCUAAAAAUUCACUUGGGUUACAAGCUUUUGCUCAUCAAUAUUCUUUAAAAAAAUUGAAGGAACAUGCCAAGCGUUACAGCUGUUGGAAUUUCAAUGAUGUAAAGAAUGAAGAGGAAUUUCUUCUUUUGCCUUUAAGUUGCUUAAAAGAAUUGAUUGCAGAUGAUUCAUUGAGAGCACCUUCUGAGGAUUAUAUUUUCGAGGCUGUAAUGAAAUGGAUUUUAUAUGAUUUUAACAACAGAAAAAGUAAUUUACAACAGCUGCUGCCACAUGUUAGAUUUCCUCUAAUGAGUCCAAAUUACAUUCGAAAGAGUAAUAUAGUUCAAACUUUGUUGGAUAACUUUACUAUUGGAGCCAGUUACAUUGAAGAAGCUUUGAAAUAUCAGUACCAAGAACUUACUAUUGAAAAUGCAAUAUUACCAAAACGCUUUACACCCAGGGCUUCUUCUCAGGAUAUUUAUGUCAUUGGCGGUUGGUCAAAUGGUCAAAAAUUGAGCACUGUCCAAUGUUUUAGUGUAGAUACCUUAAAAUGGACAACAGUUAGUAACAUGAAUGUUGCACACGUGUCAAAAGAAGAUUACUUCCGUGUCAUAGUGUCCAAUGAAGAAAACACAUGCACAAAUACCGACCGACUCUAUUUUUGGUGCUCAAAUGACUCUGCAACAGAUAUUUACAUAGCAUAUAGACUAAUUCAAGUUUUUAAUUCCUGGAGACAAAUAUGUGCUCAUAAAAUUAGUGCAUUUGCGGCUUAUCGGCACCCUCUCCUAAUACUCAGUGCAGGCACAAACCAAAAAGUGCAAGGAACUGACAUUUUUGUGGAAACUUGGGAAUAUUCUUGCAGUCGGGUUCACGUCAUAAUUCUGCUUGAGAACCAAUCACGGGCUAGUAUUUAG